AUGACUACCUCAGGCAAUGGCUGCCAAGGCAGAAAUCAUAUCUGCAUCACCUCCUGGAUCGAGAAGCUCCACCAGAAGAUAGGAGAUGCGUCGUCUGCCGACCAGGAUGGGGUCUACAAAUGUCAAGAUUGUCUUGGGGAGCCACUCUAUUGCACUGGCUGUUGCAGACGUCAACAUCUUUGCAAUCCCUUCCAUUGGAUCAGUCAAUGGAAUGGUCAAUUCUUUGAGCAAAGUUGUCUCGCUCACGUCGGACUCGUCAUACACCUCGGUCAUGAGGGUAAACAAUGUCCGGUACUUACGGAUAGGUGGGACUUGUUUGAAGAAGAUGAACCAGAAGACCAGCUUGAGCCUGAAGAUCUACCAUCUGUGUCGGGACCCGAGUUCCAGCCGAAGGAAAACACCAUGGUCAUCAUUGACAAGUCCGGAGUUCAUCGCCUCCGGCAAGCUCCGGCGAAUGACCUCGAGGAUGUUUCCACACCUUGUACCGGUAAUGCCAUGUCUCUCUCAUCUAAAGGACAUUAUAUUGACAAGGCAUGGGGCAAGGACCGAUACCGAGAGCUCAUGAGAGUCGCCCGACAGUGGAGGCAGUUGAAGACGAUGAAAUGGCAUGGCUUCGGCCAUUGUUCCGACAGCCCGAAUGCAGGAGAUCUCGCAUUAUUUUGCCCGGCAUGUCCUCAGCCUGGGAUUAAUGUGUCCUUCUCAGGGGAUGAAUCACUUGAUGAGUGGAAAUACACCCGGUCAUUUGUUAUGGAUGGAAAUUUCAAAGCUGAACACCUGCAUCCCAUGAAGCCAUUUGAUGAAGUUUGGCUGUCAGAUGGGUUGGGAUUCAUGGUGGGAAAGGACAGACAAAUGAACAUGGACUAUGCCCUUUGUGAGGCUGCCCGGCACAACAUGGAAGGCAUCACCAGGGCGGUCACCUUCUAUGAUAUCAACUGUCAAUACAACAAGCACUUUCGGGUUCGGGUGGAUCGAAGCCGAUUUCUCGAAAUGGUUCCGGAAUUGACCAUCAUUCCCGGAAUCGGGUUGUGGCACAUCCACGGACAUCAGGACAGCUGCUAUGUCCGAUAUGCGUCGAAUUUUAUCGAAGGCAUCGGUCGGAUUGAUGGAGAGAUCAUGGAGACCCUAUGGUCACGUCUCAACCUGAUUUCCCCUGCUGCUCGGGGAAUGUCAUCCCCGCAUCGAAAGGAAUGUCUCGAUUAUCAGAUGAAUGAUUCCAAUUUCUGCAAGAUGAUCCGCAUGAAAAGGACCCUUUGCCGAAAAUACAAGCAGGCGAAGAAUGGCAUUGCCGAAAGUGAAAAGGCUUUCGACAUACUCAAUGAAGCAGCACCCGGCGAUUCAAAGACAGAGUGGCUAGCCAGCGAGAGGAUCGCUCAGUCCAGCAGAAUAAAUAAUCCUGCGGCUAUGGAUGUAUAUGAGAUUAAUAUCAAGAAGGCACCGAGCAAAAAGGAGAUCGAGCUUAGGCUACUAGAGGAGGGUAAUGCCCGAAAUGCAGCACCUGCUCGCAGGUCUGUGGCGACAUGGAUAUCAAUGGGGUUGGCGAUUGAAGAGGCUCAAAUCGCAUUGCUCAUCGAGGUCCGAAGAAUUGGUAGAAGAACUACCGAGACACAGAAGUUAGACAUCGCCCGGCAACGCGAUCGUCUCCAAGGCCAGAUAGAUGGAUUCACUCGGUCUGCUAUUACGCAUCUCGGAGAGGGAUUUGAUGCAGAUGAUGAUCCUGAAGACUUGUACUUGGACAUUCUUGAUGAUCUCGAUGAUGACUUGGCAGACUUCACCGAGACAUCUGACACAUGGGCAAACUCCCCUGAGCUCACUGUAAUCCCAUUGCCAUCAAACCUCGGGGUAGAUCGAUGCAGACGCUGUAUGGCAGACGAUCUCAUUCCGCUGGAGAUGUCUCUUCGUGAAGGGCAGGCCAAUGACUCCCUUCACAACCUCCGAAUUCACUUGUGCAACAAGGCGAUUCUGUUUCGAACAACAGUUAGGCAAGCCAAAUCCCAGGCCCUGAAAACUCGAGCUUGGUCCCAGGUGACGUCGGUGCAGCAGGCAGUGUCCCUCCAUGCCAGUAUAUAUACGAAGACGAGGAAGCAAAUGAUGCAACUGGAGCCAGGGCAAGACCAGGUUCAGAAAUACAAACCCCUGCUUCGAGAGCAACUCAAAAUCAGCACUGCCGUCGGCGAUCCAAAUGCCCGAGGUCAGCGAAACGAGUCCCUCGCUUGGUUCUGGUCAGUCGAAGUCGACCUUGGGGGUCCCGAUCACUCGUGGAAUGAGGAAUUUUACCGAGUUCAUUGGCUCCGGGCAAAGGCACUACGGGAUCGAUGGAAGGAAGAAAUGAUGUUGGUCCAAUUGGAGAUGGAUUGGACAUGUAACUUUUUCUUGUGGAAAGCAACCCAAUGGGGUGACAGGAUGCGCGAAUCAUUGGUGAAACACCUUCCGGGUCAUGCAUGCUACUCGGGAAGGCAAUCCCAAAUGUAUUCAUUGCUGGCACAGGAUGCCCAGGCAGCAUUUCAAGACCUGAAGACCGGCUACUUUGACCCAAACAUUUUAGUCCCGGGAAUUGGCCGGCUUCAUAAUCCUGCAUUAACCAUGUCUGUAUUGCAUACUCCCCCAACAUCCCCUUCUAAUUCUCAGACUUCCGGCAAUGGGUUCCGACCCCUCACACUCACUCAGGCAGAUAUUGCAGCUACAAUGUCAAUGGCUGCAUCUCGCAUCCGAGCGUCCAUCUCUCAAUAUCAGAUGGAGGCUGCCCACACCCAGGAGCCAUCUGCUACUCGGAUCACGCACUUUAAAGCCGGGCUGCAAUGGGAGAUAGCUACUUUUGUGACUCCCAUCCUGCAGUACUCAGCUGCAAGGAACAUCAUUUCGGUUGUUCCGAGCCCGGUUGCUCAUAUUCUUCAGUUGAUUCCCGAGCUCACCUGGAACAUGGUUCCGGACCACAUCUUUUCAUCCCACCUAUGCCAGUUUCAAGACGUUGCAGAUCUGGGGGAUCCCUCCCGCAUUGUAUCCACCUAUGGUACUCCAUGGUGGACCGGAUCAACUGCCAUCCCGAACGAAUUAUGGCCAUGGGAUCAGGUAUUCGCUAAUUGUGUCUGUCACUACCAGCAUUGGCUAUCUGGCGUUGAGGACGAACGUCUUGUUGUUCCCGAGCAGGUGGAUGAAAGCUCGCUUGCAACGCUGAAGGCACUGAGGUGGAUGAGGGAACGCCUCCUGACAGUGAUUGAGGAUCAACAAGCUGGCAUCCGUGAAAAGAUGGCAGAGAUUCAGAUGUACACCGCCGUCCUAACCAAAUUGAACCCAAGGGGACCAGAGUAGUUCUAGUCCUUCAGUUCAGAAUGUUGAAGUCUAAAUUCUG